AAAGAGUCUUGCAAGCUCCGGGGGUUGGUUUGACGGUGUCAACUUUGGGAAAUGCCAGUAUUUAUCUCCGCGAUCUAGCCACUGCUCGUGGUGUUAGCUGUAACCAAGUUCCACCAAGUGAGAAGAGUGAUGACCAUCCUUUUCUUUACUAUGGUUAUCUCAUACUUCACUUGCAUGAAAGCUGCCCCAAUGAAAGAAGCCAGUCUAAGAGGACAAGGCAGCUUGGCGUACCCAGGUCUCCGGACCCACGGGACUCUGGAGAGCAUAAACGGGCCCAGUGCCGGUUCCAGGGCGCUGACAUCGUUGGCAGACACCUUUGAGCACGUCAUAGAGGAGCUCCUGGACGAGGAGCAGGACAUCCAGCCCGGCGAGGGAAACAAGGAUGCAGACUUGUACACAUCCCGAGUGAUGCUAAGCAGCCAAGUGCCUUUGGAACCCCCGCUGCUGUUCCUGCUGGAGGAGUACAAAAACUACCUGGAUGCCGCCAACAUGUCGAUGCGCGUGCGGCGCCACUCGGACCCCGCGCGCCGCGGGGAGCUGAGCGUCUGCGACAGCACCAGCGAGUGGGUGACGGCCGCCGAGAAAAAGACUGCGGUGGACAUGUCCGGGGCCACCGUCACCGUGCUGGAGAAAGUCCCCGUGCCCAAAGGCCAGCUGAAGCAAUACUUCUACGAGACCAAAUGCAACCCCAAGGGGUACACAAAGGAGGGCUGCAGGGGCAUAGACAAGAGGCACUGGAACUCGCAGUGCCGAACUACGCAGUCUUACGUGAGAGCUCUCACCAUGGAUAACAAAAAGAGAGUUGGCUGGCGCUUCAUAAGGAUAGACACUUCUUGUGUAUGUACAUUGACCAUUAAAAGGGGAAGAUAGUGGAUUCGUGUUGUAUAGAUUAUAUUGAGACAAAAUUAUCUAUUUGUAUAUAUACAUAACAGGGUAAAUUAUUCGGUAAAAAAUAAUUUUAUGGACUGCAUGUAUGACUGAAGUUUAUACAGUACAGUGGUUACACAAUCUAUUUAUUGAACAUAUCCAUGACCUGAAGGGGAACAAUAGUCAUUUGCGCACAAGUUUAAACAAAGAAA